AUGAACUCAAGUGAAUUGAUGCACCACGAAUGUCAGAUCUAUGUUAUCUUGGGAGGAAGACUAGAAAAACCUUCUCCUUUUGCUCAAGUUUGCCUUAUUUUGAAUAUAAUCAUCAACAUCUUUACCUUUCCUUUCACUGCUAACCUGAAUGUGUUGGUGAUAAUCGCCGUAAAAACGAAACGACGGCUGAGGGCCCACAAGUCCAAUAUCGCGAUCGCUCUGCUUGCUACCACUGAUUUGGUAGCUGGAAGUUUUGCUCAGCCCGUGUUCAUCGCUGGGCUGAUAUCAAUCUUAGUCAACUACAACAGUGAUUUAUGCCCAUUUAUGGCGUUGCGCUCUCUGAUAAACAUGCUCGUUGGCGUGUCGAUUCUUCAUAUGUUGCUGAUAAGUGGGGAAAGGUAUUUAGCCAUCAAGCGUCCAUUUGCGCACAUCUCUCUUGUCAAAGAAAGUAAUCUGCUCAUUGCCUCUGCCCUGGCUUGGCUGUUGCCCCUCAUUCUUAACGUAAUUUAUUUUUCCUUUGUUGAAAAAAAGACUGCGUUUGUUAUUAUCGAUAAUACAAUAAUGUUUCUAUCUGUUGCUGCAAGCAUAGCUUACUGUCAUUUUUCAGUUUACCUUGAAACUCGAAGACAUCGGCGACAAAUUGCAGAUCAGCAAGUUACACAAGAAACAAGGAAACAAUUAUUAAAAGAUAAAAGGGCCUUUAAAGUUACAUCUCUGAUUGUUGCGGCGAUACUUCUGUGCUCUUUACCAAUGAUCGUUUUCAAAAUAGUGAUAACUAAGUUUCCAAGUCUAGUACCUUUAGAGGAGAAAUAUAUGCUUUUCCUUUCAAUCACUUCGAUGAACUUGUUAAACUCUUUUAUUGAUCCAAUUAUCUACGCUGUCCGAUUAAGGAAGUUUCGCGUCGCUUUUAUCGACAAUAUAACUUGUGGAACAACAACUCUCGUUGAAGAGGAAGAAAAUGAAAUGCGAAUCGCUAGGCCUCCGGAGAACGAAGAGCUGAGGCUUGAAGAAAGGUAGUAAUUUAAUCUAUUGGCGGAUAAAGAAAUAAAAGUGCGCUGAAACCCUAAGAAAUCAUCAGUUUGUAAAGUGUCGUAAUCAUUAUCAUUAUCAUUAAAAAAAAAAAAAACUUCAAGGAUGUACAUGCAUGAACUCAUGAACUGAUUCCCUUUCCUUUGGCCGUGGGAGAUCUGGGUACGAGAUUAGCACAAACCAUAAUAUUUUUUGCGUGAUUUUUGCAGCAUCUACGCAUCUGUAGCAUCAUUCGCGAUCUAUGUGAACAAUUUACCAUCCUGAAGAAAUGCCGUGGAAAGCUGAAUUGCUAAAUUUACGAAAUGCUCUUUAUCAAAGAAAAGAAACCCAAACUGAACACCCUGGAAACCUGACUCUAGCACACUAAAACUAUUAGCCUGAUAAUUAGUUCCUUUUACACUUUACAUUGUAUUUUUCUCUUUUAAUCACAUGAAACUAAACUUUCGCACGCAACUCCCUAUAUAAUUAACUCAAGGAAUCAAGGACUACACGAAUUUAAAAAUGAUGACAUGGAGUCAUCGAAACGUCAUUCUUUUCUAUGGCUUAUUUUUAUCCUCAACUGUUUUCAUAAAAGGUCAUAAAACCUUCGUUAUUAGAAAAUGAUUUUAGGAGGAGUAAUUAAGGAUUCAAAAAUGAGCAUCAUCUGAUUUCUAAACUGACUCAUUUAACACUAAUUUCCUCCGUAUUUUCUUUAUAAAUUAUUAGUGAGUUUGAGCAGUGCACUGAAAUCAAGUGCUUACUUGAAACUAACUAAGCUUCUGGUGUAAAGCCAAGUAUCGACCAAGCUCGUUUCCAGGAGCGGCAGCCUAGCUUUUUAUUCCCGAGUGAACUAAAAACUGGGAGGAGAUAAAUUGUACUAUUCACAACACUCGCAAUGAUAUGCGAGGUUAGAAUAUUCAACAUCUUAUUAACAGGCUCACGGGCGAUACUAUAACUCCUCAUGAUGAUCGCCGAAAAAACUAAACGACGACUGAGG